AUGAUUGGCUCUCUGGCAUCUCCUUACCCGCUUAAGAGCACAACUGACGCUGAGCUACAAAAGCUCACCCAAGCACUCUGGAACUGGAAUAUCUGCGAGGCAUGUCAGAAAGCCGAGGCAUGUACAAACUUGGAAUGCUCAUGGAGGCGCUCAGCUCGAUUAGAGCACUUCUUUGACUUUUACAAAUAUGUCACGUCGUCCUAUGUCCCAGAUUUGCUACCCGCCAGCACCCCAGCCUUGCGCAACCAUGAAGACGUUUGCGACAUCAUCAAUCUGCUCCAGGCUCAUCCCGAUGUGAAGCGCUCCGAGUUGAUGCAUGAAUACUUUUCCAAGAGGGACAAACCACCUUCGUCCAGUGAUCAGCAUUGGGCAUUCAACCUUGCCAUGCAAGUCAUGUCCAUGGUCAAGUGUUCAGCUGAAAACCAACCAUCCAGUCUGCUAGAACUCGGGGCUCAGGCAUUCCAGUGGCAUUCCGACGAGUCACCUACUGGAUUCAUUUCAAGAGCGUUUCCGCAAAAGGAUACAGGCAAUCUCCAUGUUCACGAUGACUCGGGCGAAAUUAGAGAUAUAAAACCAGCCUUAACAGCCAGACGUCUAAAGAAGGUUGCAGGGCUGAGGCUUCAAGGGACUGAUGACCUGCGAAACCAUCUGAGGAUGGACGUCAAAAGGGGGGUUGUGGAGAUUUACCAUUACACAAGCGUCUUGAGGGAGCAUCUGGCGGCAUCACGGACGUUGCCCUCCAUUUCAGCGCAAGAUCCGAGUUUUGGUGAAAUUUGUAACUCUCCAACGGCAGGCACUAAUCGUCUCAAUCUCAGAGGAAAUAUUCCCAGACAGAUCGCCCUCGAAGCUCUGGAUUCAAUGCAAAAGAUCCUCUUCCCAUUCGACUCAGACUCCGAGCAGAUUCUCUGCGACCUUGUGUCUAAAGAAUCCUUCGACCCCGAUUGCCUGCGAUAUGACUCGGCCGUCUAUCGAAGAGAAGGUGAAGAAGCAGCUUCUUACAACUACUUUGGCAGCCGACUCGUGGAUCUAUUCAAGGAGCUGGAGGAUCCCAGCCCCCGCGGCAUCCUGGAGAAAUGGCUUCAGCGCAAAAGCGGCGCUCGCUAUAUGAUGAUGGCGACACUCGUUGGCGUUAUUAUAGCGAUUAUUCUGGGAAUUCUCGGGCUGGCUGUUGGGGUAUUCCAGGCUUGGGUGUCGUACGAAGCUUGGAAACAUCCUGUGAGCUCUAGGAACUAA